CGCCGCCACUAGGGGGCGCCAGGACCGCGCGCUCCGCCGCGUCCACUGGGGGCGCUGUCCCGCGGCGCUGCCCGGAGAAGGAGUUUCAUAAUCCUGAAAGGGCCACGCUGAGUGGCUGGAGCAUAGACGCCGAUUAUGAAACGGUGCUUCUCAUUGGCUGAGCUUCCCGGCCGGGACCGCGGCGGGGCCAGGCUGGACCCGAGGCCGGCGGGGUUGGGGCGAGACGAAGUGCGCGUUGUUGCCGCGGGGCGGGGCGGGGCGGAGCCGAGCCGUGUGCACUCCCGACGCUCUCUUGCCCUGUCUGAGAGCCGGCGAUGGGCACCCGAGCGACGCCGUCGGGGACGCGUCUGUCCCUGCGACCCUUGCCACCCGCCCCCGCAUCCUGAGCCCCGCCGCCCGUCGGAGGAGGAAGGACGGGGCACCGUGCAAUGGGCACCGAGCGCGGCGGCCCCGAGCCCGCCUGCCGCGAGCAGUUCCGGGCCGCGGUCAGCGUCAUCCAGAGUCUGCCCCGAACCGGCUCCUACCGCCCCUCCUAUGAGGAGAUGCUUCGCUUCUACAGCUACUACAAGCAGGCCACCCUGGGGCCCUGCCUGGCGCCGAGGCCCGGCUUCUGGGACCCUAUCGGACGCUACAAGUGCCUGGGCAGGAUGAGCAGGGAGGAAGCCAUGUCUGCCUACGUCGCUGAGAUGAAACUGGUGGCACAGAAGGUGAUUGACACGGUGCCCCUGGGGGAGGUGACAGAGGACGUGUUCAGCUACUUCGCACCCCUGUACCAAGUGAUCCCGGACAUGCCGAGGCCUCCGGAAGCCUUCCUGAGAAGGGUCACAGGCUGGAAAGAACAAGAGCUUUGCAGUGAUGACCCGGCUGCUCCAGAGCCUCCCUCGCUCCCCGAGGAGCCAGCAUCCCCAGGCCCAGUGACCAGCUCCUGCUCCCCAGAGCCUCAGAGCCCCAGAGCCCUGGACCUGGAGGUUUUCUGUGAUUCCCUGGAGCAACUGGAGCCCGAGCCGGUGAGACCCCCUCCUCCCCUGCGCCACACUGGGGGCCAUGGCUGUCCCCCACCUCACCUUGUCACUCAGGUCUUGGCUGAGCAGAAGGGAGUGGCAGAAGAAGACCCGGAGACCGGGACCAGCCCUGAGCCCCCUCUGGACAAAGAGGAGCUAGAGGGCCCCCGGGGGCCCCAGGACUUGGACACGUGGCUGGUGGGCACAGUCCAGGCCCUGCAGGAGAGCAUGCAGGAUGUCCAGGGGCGGCUGCGGAGCCUGGAGAGCAGGCCCUGGCCCCCUGCACAGGGACCUCGGCCCCGGCCCCUCAGGCUCUCGGCGACCACACUGCUCUUCCUUCUCCUGUGGCCUUUCGUCGCCCAGUGGCUCCUGCGACAGCUCCGCGCCCAGAAGAGGUGAUCUCGGGAGGCCCCCGCCAAGAGCGCUGCCUGCCGGGCCUCCCCCACGCGCGGCCCGUCGGCGCCCACGCCCUCCCCUCCAGGAAGCAGGCGACGCUCGCCCCCGCCCUUGACACCGCACCUCCCCACGCACAGCCCGGCGGGUCGAGACCGGGAGGCGGCCUGGCCGGUGGGGAGGGCACGUCCACUCGCCACGCUCAGCACGAACACUUUCACCAAAUAAAACGAAGCCUCAGCUUCC